ACACCUGCCCCCCCCAUCUGCACUUGGACAAAAGUGUCUCUCCUGUAAGGAACCCCGAGGACAUGCAUUCGGGGACAACCGGGGGCAUUUAGCCAGCUGCCGGUGACGCGACCCCCCCCCCCCCCGCCGCGGGCUGCACGAGGAGCACGUGCGCAGCAGGGCGUGAACUUACGCGUCUCUACGCUUCCCUGCGAUCACCUGAGACGCGAUGGACCUCAAGGCGGACGCGGAGGACGUGGACUUCAAGGCGCCGGCUCCCAUCCAGGUGUUCGCCAGCAGGUCCACGCUGCACGGCAUCUCGCACAUGUGCACGUACGAGCGCAUGUGCAUCAAGCGCAGCCUGUGGAUCCUGUUCUUCCUGAGCUCCCUCGGGGUGCUGGUGCUGGUGUGCGCGGACCGGGUGCAGUUCUACUUCCAGUACCCCCACGUGACCAAGCUGGACGAGGUGGCGGCUCCGAUGAUGCGGUUCCCCGCCGUCACCUUCUGCAACCUCAACUCCUUCCGCUUCAGCCGGGUGACGCGCAACGACCUGUACCACGCAGGGGAGCUGCUCGCCUUGCUCAACAGCAGGUAUGAGAUCCGGGACCCGCACAUGGUGGAGGAGAACGUCAUGCAGAUCCUGAAGGAGAGGGCGGACUUCGUCAACUACAAGCCCCGCCCCUUCAACAUGCGCGAGUUCUACGACCGGACGGGCCACGACAUCCGGGACAUGCUGCUGUCCUGCUUCUACCGCGGGACGGAGUGCAGCGCCGAGGACUUCACCGUGAUAUUCACUCGAUAUGGGAAGUGCUACACCUUUAAUUCAGGCCAGGACGGGCGCCCCCUCAUGGUGACGAUGAAGGGGGGGAUGGGCAACGGGCUGGAGCUGAUGUUGGACAUCCAGCAGGACGAGUACCUGCCUGUUUGGGGAGAGACCGACGAGACGUCGUUUGAAGCGGGGAUCAAAGUGCAGAUCCACACCCAGGACGAGCCGCCCUUCAUAGACCAGCUGGGCUUCGGAGUGGCGCCGGGCUUCCAGACCUUCGUGUCCUGUCAGGAGCAGCGGCUGACGUACCUGCCGCCGCCGUGGGGCGACUGCAAGGCCACGCCGAUGGACUCGGACUUCUUCAGCUCCUACAGCAUCACGGCCUGCCGCAUCGACUGCGAGACGCGCUACCUGGUGGAGAACUGCAACUGCAGGAUGGUCCACAUGCCCGGAGACGCCCCGUACUGCACCCCGGAGCAGUACAAGGAGUGUGCAGACCCCGCCUUGGACUUUCUUGUCGAGAGGGACAACGACUACUGUGUCUGCGAGACGCCGUGCAACAUGACGCGCUUCGGCAAGGAGAUGUCCUUCGUCAAGAUCCCCAGCAAAGCGUCGGCCAAGUACCUCGCGAAGAAAUUCAACAAGACGGAGCAGUACAUAGCCGAUAACAUUUUGGUUCUGGAUAUCUUCUUCGAAGCACUCAACUACGAAACCAUUGAACAAAAGAAAGCCUAUGAGCUGGCAGGCCUUCUGGGUGACAUCGGAGGUCAGAUGGGUCUCUUCAUCGGAGCCAGCCUCCUCACUAUCCUCGAACUCUUUGACUAUCUAUACGAGGUGAUCAAGUACAAGCUGUGCCGGUGCAUGAAGAAGAAACACAAAGGCCGGAACAACAACGACCGCGGAGCUGUGCUGAGCCUGGAUGAUGUGAAACGCCACGCUCCUUGUGAGAACCUGCGUACACCAUCCACGUAUCCUGGCAACAUGCUACCUCAUCACCCGGGCCAGGCCAACUUUGAGGACUUCACUUGCUGAGCAGACCCUGGACCAAACAUCAAAGUGCGUGUUAUGCAACCAAAGCCCACCAUCCAACAAGAACUAUCCAGCACGGGGAGGGGGAGGCACUUUUUACAUGGAAGGGGAGCAAAGUGGACAAUUCAAACAUGACAAAGAACUGUCACCCGAGACCCGAGUGCAGAGGAUUUCCCCAAAUAUCAAAAUAUCGGUUUAUUUUUGCGGAGAGCAUCUCCCGCAGCACUCUGAACUCUUCUGUCUCUGGAAUACUGCCGCGAAGGAGGCUCCUGCAGGACCCUCGUCAGCACGGAGCGCUCUCAAAAGACCAAAAACCAAAUGUCAGAAAUAAUCAAAUGUACAGCCCUCUGGCCACAGUCAGCAGAUCCUAAAAAGAGCCCCCAUGCCUUCAUAUAACGUCACACUCCACUACACACAACAUCUGGACUCUGUGUGGUUCGGUGAGAAUGUAUCUGCGUUCUGGGUGAGUGCAGGAAGGUUUCUCACUGGCUUUUGGUGGCAGUGGUGGAGGUGGAGGUGAUGGAGGUGGAGUUGGUGGAGGUGGUGGAGCUGAAGGUGAUGGAGGUGGAGGUGGAGGUGCAUCGUUACCAUUUAAAAUGCACUGGUGAAGAUUCCCGGUCUCAUCGUGUAAAUGCAUGCUCGUAUUUGUCCAGUGCAUGACUUUCAUCUCCUCUUUAUUUAGAUUUGUUUAUAGAUACACGUGUGUGUGUGUGCGUGUGUGUGUGUGUGUGCGUGUGUGUGUGUGUGUGCGUGUGUGUGUGUGUGUGUGUGUGUGUGUGUCUGUGUGUGUGUGUGUGUGUGUGUGUGUGUGUGUGUGUGUCUGUGUGUGUGUGUGUGUGUCUGUGUGUGUGUGUGUGUGU